AUGGGUGUUGAUACACCCAUGGUGGUCGUGUUUCAAGAGAAUUCUAUUACUGAGCAGCAUAGUCAUGAGUCCAUACUUGAUGCGAAUAAAAAUACAACUUAUAUAUUUCCAAGUCAGCUUCCAAAAGGUUCAAAGUAUGAAAAGGAAAUUAGGAAAUUCGUAAUUGAAAAAGAUCAGUUGAUUUUCAAUAACGUGGUAAGGCCAAAAUUUGCAAAUGAUGUUGAUUUUUCAACUACGCAAUUUAAGAUAAAUAAUCACAACAAUGAUGAAAAUCUAGAACAUAAAGAAUGUAAGGAAAAUGUUAAAGCAGUGGAUAUAAAUGUAAGUCCUUUAAGAAAUAUAAAUGUUGAUCUUCAUCGAGUCUUGACCAAAUUUGUCAAUGAAAACUCCACAUACUAUCAAGAAGUAAGAGAUUUGAUUCCAGAAUUACCUAAACAAUUAGCAACAAAUACAAUUAACCAGUACUGGUUUCAAUUUAUGGGUAGCUCAGUUUGGUUAGAGCAAUACGGAGUACACUUAAUGACUUCAAGGAUCUUUUAUACUAAAACAGGUAGCAAAGUCAAACCAGUUGUAUCAUUCAUAUAUACACAAGUAUUUGAUCUAAACUGGAAAGAGAUGGAUAAUGUUACCCUAGUUAUACCCAUCGAGGGAGAGGGUGUAAGGAACGAAGUAAAAAAUGGCAACAGGAACAGGAACAGGAACAUGAACAGGAACCUGAAGAAAAAGAACCAAAAACUUGACAUUGGAUACAAAUUGGUGCAAUAUCCAAAUUUUGUUCAAGUCCCAGCAUACCAUAACCAUCAAAAGCAAUCAGGUAGAUUCUAUGGUGCCGAGGAUCCAAGACUAUUGUUGGUUCGCAACAAGUUGGGCGUUGACGAACCAGUUGUAAUCUACAAUUCAUACCAUAGAAAGAUUUCAAAGUACCGUGAGGUUUCUCGUCCCUCCUCUUCUGAUAUUGAUAAUGAUAACGAAGAGACAGGCGUUACAAGCUUCAAAUUUCACCGAAGUAUGUUCAUUGGAUGGUUGUGGCAGACUCAAUCAGGAAAGGAAAAUGUUGAUGAAUUAGAUCAAAAGCACGCUCAAAAUAUGUACAUUAGAGUUAAGGAGUUGGUUUUACCACUGGGAAAAAGGGAGAAGAAGGAAAAAAAUUGGACACCGUUUGUGGACUACAAAGAGAGAGUGCAAAAAGGCUAUGAUGACUCGCUCAAGUUUGUUUAUCAGUUCAAAGACUUGCGUAUACUUCGAUGUUUGUUUGAUAAAGAAACUUGCGAAUGGGAGUAUGAAUUACAGAAGAAUAAGCUUUCCAUAAGUCCAUUUCGAGGUGGCACAGAAUUGAUCAGUUUAUCUCAAAUAUUGGCCACACACAGCUCGUUGAAAAAACCAAUGUCUAAAUCAUUAGCUUUGACUUCAACUUCGUCAUCAGCUUCCCUGUCCUCUGCUGGAUUAACCCUCAAGUUGACGGAGUUACAAAACCAACUCCAAAUUCAAGAUGGCGAGAUUUGGAUUGGAUUAGCUCGUACUGCAUUGAAAAAUUGUGGUUGCGGGAGUCACUUUUAUCGUCCAAAUUUGGUUGUCUUGUCCAAAUUGAACAAUACAUAUCUGGUCAUACAAACAUCGAGUAGCCUUGACUUUAAUGUUCCCGCGCUCAACUGGGAUGUAGUAUCAAAUGAUGAAUCAACAAAUAUUUGCCAGGGAAAGAAUUUAAUUAUGCCAACGGGGCUUUCCUACUGGGACUUAGGUUCCGGGGAAACUGAUAUUUUGACAUUGACUCUUGCUCGAGCAGACAGUACAGUAGAUAUCAUAUACGUGAAAGGAAUUUUGAAAGAGAUUUUUCUGUUGUUGGUGAACCCACCUAAAAGUAUAGAUGGCAAUUCAAUAGUCAAGUGCGCAAUUGAUGGUGCCUUAGACUAUUGCAAAGCUUAUGCGAAAGAAAAUGGCGAACCUCCAGCGCGAAGAAGCAUUGAAAGCCUUUUCCAGUAA